GCACACUGAUACUCGAGCCUAAGCCACAUUUAGCCUCCCCUGACGUCAAGGUGCUUUAUAAGCACCAUUUCCGGGUGACUCCGGUCUUUUACGCACUGCUAUAGCCACCAGCGCGCGAUGAGCGGCAGAGGAAGACCGCGCAAAGUCCGGGCCAACAGUCCAUGCGCAUCUGUAGCUAAAAGUCCAGCGGCUACACGGAAGAAGAGCUCUGCUAGGAAUGAGGAGCAGGUAGAGAAUAAGAGAUCCACGGACGCCAAAGCGAGCUGCCCUUCAAAGCUCCGUCCGAAGAAAUCUUCAAGGGAUGCUAACUUUACUGAAGAGCCACAAACAAGCAAACCAACCAAAAGUGGCGAGAAGACAGCGCGGAAAGACAACAGUAUCGAGGAGAAUCAGAGCAAAGAUCUCCAGAGUGCUCCUGGAAAGCUAAAGAAAAGCCAGAGCACGGAGUCAGCCAAAACAACAGGCGCAAAAGCGAGCUCCCCUGCAAAGCUCCAGGAAAGUCAAGAAUGCCGUCCGAGGACAUCUCCAAGCGCUACUAACUCUACCCAGGAGACACAAGCGCCCAAAACAGCAAGAAGCGGCGAAAAGAAUACAGCCACCAUCUGCUCAGCGAGAAGAGGCAGCAGUAUCGAUGAGAAUCCGAGUAAAGUACUCCAGACUGCACUUGAAAAAUUAAAAGUAAAGAAAAAACAGAGAUCGGAGUCAGCCAAAUGCGUGAACGAGAUACAGAAUAAAAUAACCGAGUAUCUGAAACGACACCUGGACUGGUGCAAAGACAUCAGCGUUCUGAAGACAGGAAGCUACUAUGAAAACGUUAAAAUCUGCGAGGCUGACGAGUUUGAUGUCAUGCUGACUGUUCGUGUGGAGAGGGUGAAACUCCUGCCUUUCUCAGAAGACGGGGCUUUCUAUUCUGUAGAAAUGAAACGGCACACUCCGAGACAUCCUUUAGACAAGUUUGUCAAUGAGGAAAAAACCAUCAAGGCCAGUGAAAUGCUCAAAGCAUUCCGCGAGAAAGUAAAGGAAGCUGUGGCAACACUACCAUAUGAAGUUAAGCUGGAGAGGAAGAAGAUGGGCUGUCCAGCUGUAACUCUGCUCGUGAAUGAGAAUGACAAGCACAUUUCUAUAGAUUUUGUCCUUGGUCUGGAAGUCCACUCAAGCUGGCCCGAUUUCACUCAGGAUGGCUUCAAUAUAGAAAAAUGGCUCAGCAAGAAAGUGAGGAUGGAGCAAAGACAGAAACCAUUUUAUUUGGUGCCUAAAUACGAGGGAAGAGGCAACGCAGAACAGGAUGGAGUUAUGGCCAAGGACGCUUGGCGAAUUUCGUUCUCACAUGUGGAGAAGAACAUCCUGAAAAACCACGGCAACAGUAAGACCUGUUGUGAGGGAGGACAGAAAUGCUGCAGAAAGCAGUGUCUGAAACUUCUGAAAUACCUCCUGCAACGGCUGAAGGAGGAGCAGCCGGAGGAGGCGGACAAGCUCUGCUCGUACCAUGCUAAGACGACACUGCUUCAUGCCUGUGCUGCCAGAGUGAACGACAGUGAGUGGGCAGGCAGCGAGCUCAGCCACUGCUUCCAGCAACUUCUCAGGGACUUUGAGCAAAACCUGAGGGCCUGUAAACUUCCCAACUUCUUCAUCCCUUCCCAAAAUCUGUUCAGUGGCAUUGGUAAGAAAAAAAGUAACAUCCUAGCAGACUACAUUGAAAACCAACGCGAAAAUGGUUUUCCUCUACUGUGUUAAAUCAACAGGCUCUGAGAAUCAGGAAACCAAACUUCUCUGUGCAGUAGGCAGUAGUUAUGUUAUAUCUUUUUUUCUAAAUUAAAUUAAAUAUAUAAAUGAAGUUUCACGUCCAUGUCGCUCUACUGUCUUUUGUUUUAUCUUGUCUAUUGUCCUGUCUGUUAUGUCCUACACCCACUAUUCACCCAUACUAACCUUUAAAUACGAAGUACAACUCAUCUACAAUUAUGAAUAAACUAAAAUAAAGUCUCAAGAGGGGCUAU